GCACUUACCGCAGAACGGGAAGCUGAAUUAAGAGAAGUUUUUUCUAAACUUGAUAAAGAUAAUGAUGGUCAUAUUACUGCAAAUGAACUUGGUACUGUUAUAAAAUCUCUCGGUUAUAAUCCCACUGAAGAUGAAUUAAAAAGAAUGGUUAGCAAUGUUGAUUCCGAUAAGGAUGGUAAAAUUAACUUUAAUGAAUUCGCAACUAUGAUGGCCCAUAGUUCGAAUGAUUCUGAUGAUGAUCUAAGGGAGGCUUUUAAGGUUUAUGAUAAAGAUGGUAAUGGAUACAUUACCCCUGCUGAGUUAAAAAGCGUAAUGAACAGUCUUGGAGAAAGGAUUACUGAUGAAGAAGUUGAUGCAAUGAUCCGUGAAGCCGAUACCGAUGGUGAUGGAAGAGUUAAUUAUGAAGAGUUUAUCAAGAUGAUGAAAUCCUAA